CAGGCGCCGGCUGGCUGCAAGUGGCGGGAUCGCUCUCCGGGCCGGCCUUGCCUGCAGAUUGCCAUUCUCUGCCCCGCAAUGUCUCGCCGGAAGCCUGCGUCGGACGCACUCCCGGCAGCCCGCUCGGCCCCUGGAAGACAAGCAGUUUUGAGUCGGUUCUUCCAAUCUACUGGAAGCCUGAAAUCCAACUCGUCACCCCCGGGUGCCUUCGGGAAGGGAGACCCUGGCUCCGCAGCGCCCCCAGGGUCCGCGGUGCAGCCGCCUUUGUCCACAAAAACUGACAGAAGGAAAAAAAGACCACUGGUGAAUGAUGGACCUGUUAAAAAGAAAACAAAGAAAGCCCAGGAACAGGAAGGAGGAAGUGACUUGGUAACGCCUGGCAGUCCUGUAGUUUCUGAAGAACCAAAGAGACAUCUGAGGACCAGGAGCCUUUUAAAGUCACUGGAAAAACUGAAAGAGUUCAGCUGUGAUUCUGCCCUCCCUCACAUUAGAGUCCAGACAGAGCCAUGCAGGGAGAGAUUUGCAGUUCUGCCAAAGUGUACUGAUUUUGAGGACAUCAGUCUUCAGCGUGCAAAGACUGCAAUUUCUACUGAAGAUUCCAAGUCACAAAGUAAUCAAAAGGACAGUCAAUUUGGACCAUUACAAGGGAGCCAUGAAAACAUCUCAAAAGCUUCAUUUAACAAACGAUCUAAAAGCAUCUAUACGCCAUUAGAACUGCAGUAUAUAGAGAUGAAACAGCAGUAUAAAGAUGCAAUUCUGUGUGUGGAAUGUGGAUAUAAGUACAGGUUCUUUGGGGAAGAUGCAGAGAUUGCUGCCCGGGAGCUGAAUAUUUAUUGUCAUUUAGAUCACAAUUUUAUGACAGCGAGUAUACCUACCCACAGACUGUUUGUUCAUGUUCGCCGCCUUGUGGCCAAAGGAUACAAGGUGGGAGUUGUGAAGCAAACCGAAACGGCAGCAUUGAAGGCUGUUGGAGACAACAAAAGUUCACUCUUUGCCCGGAAAUUGACUGCUCUUUAUACAAAAUCUACACUCAUUGGAGAAGAUGUGAAUCCUCUGGUCAAGCUAGAUGACACUGUGAAUGUUGAUGAGAUAAUGACCGACACUUCCACUAAUUAUCUUCUGUGCAUCUAUGAAGAUAAGGAGAAUAUUAAGGACAAAAAAAAGGGGAAUGUCAUUUUUGGCAUUGUGGGAGUACAGCCUGCUACAGGUGAGAUUGUGUUUGAUAGCUUCCAGGACUCCGCUUCGCGAUCAGAGCUGGAGACUCGCAUAUCCAGCCUGCAGCCUGUGGAGCUGCUGCUUCCGUCAGACUUGUCAGAGCAGACAGAGACACUCAUCCACCGAGCCACUGCUGUUAGUGUGCGGGAUGACAGAAUUCGGGUAGAAAGGAUGGACAACAUUUAUUUUGAAUACAGACAUGCUUUCCAGGUAGUUUCAGAGUUUUAUGGAAAAGAGAUAGUAGACAUCAAAGGUUCCCAAAGUUUUUCUGGCAUCAUUAAUUUGGAGAAGCCUGUGAUUUGCUCUUUGGCUGGCAUAAUAAAAUAUCUAAAAGAAUUUAAUUUGGAAAAGAUGCUCUCUAAACCUGAGAAUUUUAAACAGCUGUCAAGUGACAUGGAAUUUAUGACCAUUAAUGGAACAACUUUAGGGAAUCUGGAAAUCCUACAGAAUCAGACUGAUCUGAAGACCAAAGGAAGUUUACUUUGGGUUUUAGACCACACUAAGACGUCAUUUGGGAAGCGAAGGUUAAAGAAGUGGGUGACCCAGCCACUUCUUAAAUUAAGGGAAAUAAAUGCCCGACUGGAUGCAGUGUCUGAAGUUGUCCAUUCUGAAUCUAGUGUGUUUGGUCAUAUAGAAAAUCAUCUACAUAAAUUGCCUGACCUAGAAAGAGGACUCUGUAGCAUUUAUCAUAAAAAAUGUUCUACCCAAGAGUUCUUCUUGAUUGUCAGAAGCCUGUAUCAACUGAAGUCAGAAUUUCAAGCAUUAAUACCUUCUGUCAAUUCCCAUGUGCAGUCAGACUUGCUCCAGACACUUAUGUUAGAAAUUCCUGAACUCCUGAAUCCAGUGGAACAUUACUUAAAAAUACUUAAUGAACAGGCUGCCAAAACUGGGGAUAAAACUGAAUUAUUCAAAGAUCUUUCCAAUUUCCCUUUGAUAAAAAAGAGGAAGGAUGAAAUUCAAGAAGUUACUGACAAGAUCCAAGUACAUUUACAGGAAAUACGAAGAAUACUAAGAAAUCCCUCCGCGCAAUAUGUGACAGUGUCAGGACAGGAGUUUAUGAUUGAAAUAAAGAACUCCGCUAUAUCUUGCAUACCAACGGAUUGGGUUAAGGUUGGAAGCACAAAAGCCGUGAGCCGCUUUCACUCUCCUUUUAUUGUAGAAAAUUACAGACAUCUGAAUCAGCUCCGGGAGCAGCUAGUCCUUGACUGCAGUGCUGAAUGGCUUGAUUUUCUAGAGAAUUUCAGUGAACAUUAUCAGUCUUUGUGUAAAGCAGUACAUCACCUAGCAACUCUUGACUGCAUCUUCUCCCUGGCCAAGGUUGCAAAGCAAGGCAAUUACUGCAGGCCAACUCUACAAGAAGAAAAGAAAAUCAUCAUAAAAAAUGGAAGGCAUCCUGUGAUUGAUGUGCUACUCGGAGAACAGGAUCAAUACGUUCCCAAUAAUACAAAUUUAUCAGAGGACUCAGAGAGAGUAAUGAUAAUUACUGGACCAAACAUGGGUGGAAAGAGCUCCUACAUUAAACAAGUUGCACUGAUUACCAUCAUGGCUCAGAUUGGUUCCUAUGUUCCUGCAGAGGAAGCAACAAUUGGGAUUGUGGAUGGCAUUUUCACAAGGAUGGGUGCUGCAGACAACAUAUAUAAAGGACAGAGUACAUUUAUGGAAGAGCUGACUGACACAGCUGAAAUCAUCAGAAAAGCAUCAUCACAGUCCUUGGUGAUCUUGGAUGAACUGGGAAGAGGGACAAGCACUCAUGAUGGAAUUGCCAUUGCUUAUGCCACACUCGAGUAUUUCAUUAGAGAUGUGAAAUCUUUAACCCUGUUUGUUACCCAUUAUCCUCCAGUUUGCGAACUAGAAAAAAGUUACUCCCAACAGGUGGGGAACUAUCACAUGGGGUUUUUGGUUAACGAGGAUGAAAGCAAACAGAAUCCAGGUGAAGAUGAACAGGUGCCUGAUUUUGUCACUUUCCUUUAUCAAAUAACAAGAGGAGUUGCGGCAAGAAGUUACGGACUCAAUGUGGCUAAACUAGCAGAUGUUCCUGAAGAAAUUUUAAAGAAAGCAGCCCACAAGUCAAAAGAGCUGGAAGAAUUAGUAAAUAAGAAAAGGAAAAGCUUAAAGUAUUUUACAAAAUUAUGGAUGACACAUAAUGCAAAAGAUCUACAAGAGUGGACAGACAGCUUUCAAAUGGAAGAAAUACAAACUUCUUUUCCUGAUUAAGAUGAAGACUACGUUUUUUUAAACAAUUUUAAAAAAGGAGAAUUAAGAAUACCAACUGUGCAAAGUAACUCUCCACUAACAGCCAUCUUUGUGUGACAUGUGAGCAUAAAAUUAUGACCAUGGUAUAUUCCUUUUAGAAACAGAUAUUUUUACUCUUGAAAGUUUGAUGCCUGUCCUGCCAUUUCAAAGGAUAAACAUAUAAACACUUUUGGAUUUGAAGACUUCCAUUAUGUAAUUUAAAAAUUUCCUUGGUAUUAAGUCUCAUAUAAAAUCUAAACCUUUUAAACAAAACCUAAAGUGGUAGAACGUAGUACAUUAAACAUUUGGAGGCUACUAUACAUUCUUAAUAGAUAUUUAUAUUUGUUUCAGUCCAGACAAUUGGCAGCAGUAUAAAUCUGGUAGGAAUCUACCUUUCACUUUGAAUUAAAUUAAUUUUAUAGUAUCACCAGUUUAUUCACAUGAAUAUAAGAAGAUUCCAUAAGAAAUAAAGUUAUUGAGCUUUUAGAAACUAGAGCACAGGAGAGGAAUAAGAUGAUGUGAAAUUUGAAGAAUUAAACUCACAUUUUAAAUAUUGUUGGAUGAAAUUAUUUUGUCAUUCAAGUAAUAAAUAUUUAAUGAAUGCCAGCUGCA